CGAUAACAUGCAAUUCUGCCACGCUCACCAUGGAUCGCACGCAAGAAGCCAAGUUUCCUCUUCAUGAGGCUGCCCGGGAAGGGAAAACUCCAACCGCCGAAUCACUCCUCAGCGCAAACCCCAAGCUCGCCAACGUCAAAGACGAUGAUGAGCGACUCCCCAUCCACUGGGCGGUAGCCUACAACCGUCUCCCGAUUGUGGAGCUAUUGAUAUCCAACAAGUACUUUGAUCCGGAUGUCGAGGACGGCUCCGGCUGGACACCACUCAUGAUCGCAGCGAGCUUGAAAAACGCCGAAGGCGAUCCCAUCAUCGACCUCCUUCUCAAGAAAGGCGCAGACGUAAGCACGAAGAGUGUCUCGGGUCAGAACGCCCUCCACUUCGCAACCUCCAAAGCUAAUCUCUCCACCGUGCGCACCCUCAUCGCCAACAAAUGCAGCGCCAGAGUAAAGGACAAGCGCGGACAACUUCCUCUGCACCGUGCUGCGGCGAUUGGCUCUACGCCCAUCAUCAAGGUCCUCCUGGAAGAUGGGAAAAGUCCGGUGAAUGCGACAGAUAUGGAUGGGUUGACGGCUUUACAUCAUGCGGUGUCGGAGGGGCACGGUGAUGCAGCGAUUACAUUGCUUAAGGCGGGUGCGGAGGCUGAUAAGCGGGAUGUGAAUGGAAUUUUGGCUAUUGAUAUGGCGCCGGAUAAUAAGGUGCGGAGCUAUAUUCUGCAGACGGCUGAGAGGGAGGGGAUCGAUUUAUAAGUUGCAACAGGUGCAGUGGGACUUGUGUUGGAUAGCAAGGAUGGAGAAUGUGAAGGAUACCCAGUCACCCAGGUUAAUGCAUGAUUAUUUCAGUAUCUGUUCUAGUAAUUAACGGAUUCAUGACAUUACUCUUGAAAGGCAUGUCUCACAUCACAUCGUCUAAAUCGGACUCUAGCCCGACCAAGUCUAUUUACAAUCCAUAAC